GAAGUGAGUGAGGCAUGCCCUCUCCAAAAUGUUGUUGAAGGACUACCAAUGAAAAGGCAUGAAUCUCCGCUGUCCCUGCCAUGCCUGACUCUUCUGAAAAACACUGACGACAACAAAACGUGAACAACAACAAUAUCAACAUAUUAUCAACUACUCCCCCUGCCACGUUCAUUCUGCGUUCCCUCUUUCACAUAGCUAAAAAAGAAAGGAAGAAAAAAAAAUAAAAUUAAAAUAGUAACAAACUCUUCCCGUCUUCCGGUCUUCCCCGUUCCACUUUCUCCCUAAACACCAUUCACGUCCUCCUUUUCUUCUCUGGCUCGGCCACGGAGAGAACCAGACCGGUUCGGUUCGACUCAUCAGAAGGGGGAUCCGGCUUUCUCCGCAGUUGACAAUACGUAACGGCCUAACGGAAAACGGAAAAACUAAACAAACUAUUUGCUUUUCUUUUCUCCUCGGGUGAUGAGAUGAGAGGGAGCUACUUUUUCAACCGUUGGAUUGAGCAGAGGGUCCGCCUGCUCGCGAUCUCAGCCGUUAAAUCGUUCAAGAUCAAGCUCCUCCUCUUCUUCUGCGUCGGGCUUACGCUAAUCGUGUUUUCCACAAGUGCUUCCAGCUUCUUCCUUUGGAAUAAUCAAGCACCUGCUCCCUAUUAUGGCCCUGAUUUCAGGAAAGGGUACUCAAUAGUGAUGAACACAUGGAAGAGAUAUGAUCUUCUUAAGCAGUCCAUCAAGCAUUACUCAUCAUGUCCUCGCCUUGAUUCAGUGCAUAUUGUGUGGAGCGAACCAGAUCCGCCUUCGGAUUCUCUUCUGAAAUAUCUAUACCACGUGGUGAAGUCCGUGCCUAAAGAUGGGCACCAAGUCAAAUUGAAGUUUGACAUCAACAAGGAGGAUAGCCUGAACAACAGGUUCAAGGAAAUUAAAGAUCUAGAGUCCGAUGCUGUCUUCUCAAUUGAUGAUGAUGUCAUAUUCCCUUGCUCUUCUGUGGAGUUUGCAUUUGAUGUUUGGCUAAGUGCACCUGAUACAAUGGUGGGGUUUGUACCUCGUGUCCAUUGGGUUGAUUACUCGAAAGGCGGCGGCUCAAAAUUUAAAUAUGGUGGAUGGUGGUCCGUGUGGUGGACGGGUACAUACAGCAUGGUGCUCUCCAAGGCAGCAUUUUUUCACAAAAAGUACUUCAUUCUCUACACAAAUCAAAUGCCAACGUCACUUAAAGAAUAUAUAACUAAGAACAGGAACUGUGAAGAUAUUGCAAUGUCUUUCCUUGUUGCAAACGCAACUGGUGCACCCCCCAUAUGGGUUAAAGGAAAGAUAUUUGAGAUUGGAUCAACUGGAAUCAGCAGUUUGGGAGGUCACAGUGAAAAAAGAAGUGAAUGCGUCAACAGGUUUGCUUCUGUGUUUGGAAGGAUGCCAUUGGUGUCUACCUCAGUGAAGGCAGUUGAUAGUCGCAAUAUUUGGUUUUGGUGAAGCUAGAUUUUCAUGUUAUAGUUUUUAUAGAAAUUUCAAUGUUAGUUAGUUGGGUUACUUGAUUUCACUGUAGUUACAGAGCUGUAUAAUAUUGUGAAUCUUGCACACAAUUCAUGCACUUAGUAAGGAUAGCUAGCAGAUUCCUUAGAUUGAUUUCUUGUAUUAUUGUCUGUAAUACAAGCACAACAGCAUGGUGCUUUUUGUUCCGAAACCAAAAUAUUAUGAAUUUGAUUGUAAAAUAUAGAGGGGGUAUUACACCCUUAGCAAAGACACUUCUUUAUA